AUGGCCGAAAUUCCGUGCUCAGCAUGUACAUGGACACCAGAGAGGCAGUCUCACUGUUCCUACAACAGUCACGUCAGUCUUUUCUACAGCGCCGGUAACAGGGGAGCAUGGUCCCUAGGCUCCAAAUUCAUCCUCAAAGAGCGAUCAAGCGAGGCUCCAAAUUUUGAAGUCGCCAAUCUGCAGUUUUUGUCCUCUAAAACCACGAUACCGAUUCCUCAAACUGUCCAAGAAUGGACGGAAAAUGAUGGGGCCUAUUUCCAAAUCAUGACACGCCUGAAAGGCCGACCUUUAAGCGAGGCAUGGCCGACGAUGUCACAGACAGAUAAAGAGCGAGUCGCGAGUCAAACCGCCGAGUAUCUAAAGCAGCUGCGAGAGCUCCAUUCUGAUCGAAUGGAAUGUCUUGGCGGUCAUCCCCUUUAUCACGCUUUUCUUUUCCCGCCUGCACAUGGCGUAGGACAUGGUCCUCUCUCGUCAGAUGAUGAACUUUGGGCUGAGAUGUCGAAGAGUCUGAAGCAUGUCCCGGGGGAAGUACAAGUGAAGCUCCGAGAACGUUUGCCAACUGCAGCUCCUUAUACCUUUACCCAUGGUGAUCUAACGGAUGUGAAUAUCAUGGUUGAAGAUGGUCAUUUGGUUGGUAUAAUUGACUGGGAGGCAGCGGGAUACUUCCCUGUCUGGUGGGAGUUUGCUGCCUUGUCAAUCGGACUGGGGCAAGUGGAUUUUGAAUGGAAACAAACGCUGCGUCGGUAUAUGCCUUCCGAAGAUUGGGAGUUCUGGUUGAUUUUCAACUCGCUACAAUGGGAUUAUCCCAAGUUGGACGAGAGGGGGCGUAAGUUUUUCGAGGACAGUGGGUUGGAACUGCCGGAAAUUGAAGUGUCUGCUAGUUAG